GAAGAGGACAGCAACAUCCGGGUAGUUGUUGUAAAAAUUGGCGGUUGUCUUUUGCCGAGCGAGCAGUUGAGUUCAUACUUAACAAAAAUGUCGGAAAGUCCUUUUAAAUUGACGACCGUUACAUUCGGGUUUUGAGUUGUACUGUCGAUUUUUAUUUUAUUAUUAUUAUUAUUUUUUUUUUUUAUAUACGGUUACAUCGAAACGAGACUAAAAACUUUGGGGCUAGGAUAUCGAGCUUGCUGUUUGUUCAUCUUUGUCUGCUGAGAGGACCAUGUGUUUUUUGUAAUUUAUUUAUAUAUAUAUAUUAUAUAUAUUUGUUUUAUGUAACGAUGGCGUGCCAAACGCGUUUACAGAAAGAGAACGGCAAAUAUUUGUGGUUUACUCUUCUUGGACUGGGCUUUCGGCCUGAAAAUCAUCUCUUGUUUUAUGUCACCGAGACCACUGCAAAACACAUGAACCUUGGACCGAAUAUGUUUGAUAAACCCAACAAGGAUGCCUUCUACAUUGUCAUCCAUUUCCUGUUGGAAAAACUCAAUCCAACACGAUUUCAUCAGACAUACAAAUAUUGCUUGCCUUUGGGGAGCAACAAACAAGAUGCAGCGUUUCGCAAAGAGACCUGCUUUUGGCUUCGAGAAAUAAUGGAUGAAACUGGAUAUCCAGGUUCCAAAGUUCUCAUGUCGUUGUUACUCUCGCCCGGAGGCCCUAAAUUCACCAGCUUGAUGGUCCGUUUAGCCACGCAUGUCAUGCUGCAGGAAAUGAAAACAUUCAGCAUCGAUGGAAGCUGGAUGCCGGAUGCUGUCGCGAAGCCGGCCUCUUCACUCGACAUGGCUGUGAAGAGACUCAACCUGAUCAAGAAAAGGUUUUUGAAGGAGGUCAUACACCAGCAUUGCUUUCUUCAGGAGGAGCAGAAAAGAGCCCAGAGCGUCGUGAAUUCUCUGCGUGACCUCACAGCUGAGAGUAAGAAGUAUGACGAGCUACUCAAAAAGCAUGUGGGUGAUUGUGUCCGUGAGGAAGAGUCUUCCGCCGAUAAACCUGCAACGGUUCGAUCCCUGUGGUCGUCCGUGGACGGAAUGCUGUCGACGACCGAGCAAAACCGAAAGGUGUUGGAAAGCGUGCUGGAAGGAGAGGCGGACCGGUACGCCCUGGACGGCACGGGCCGCCGCCUCAAAGUUCCCCGUAGCCUGCUCGAGAGGAUGGAGCGGCCCUCGCAGCAGGUGAGUGCGGCGCGCGCUCGAACGCCGGCCGGCCGUUCAAGCGUGACGCCGACGUGCGUUUGGCAGUUGCGCUCGGGGAAGGUGUACGAGGGCGGACAGCUGAAGCCGCUGUGCGCCCUGGAGCUGUUCGCCCACGCUCUGCGCCUCCUGAAAGACGAGUUCGGCGAGCCCCCGCUCAGCCCUGCCCGCUUCGGCCCGCUGCAGUUGCAGGACAGAGGGCGGCGGCUGCUCCGCCACUUGCAGGAACUUCGGCUCCUCGGACUGAAGAUUUCCAUGGAGGAGAUUCCUGAGGUGAAGAGCGCCAUCAGCGAGCUGGAGGCCCAGUCGGACAAGAAGUGGCCGGACGCGCCUUUCGUCUCAUUGCUCGACGACGAUCCGGCGCUUGGCUUUCUUUCCCCAAUGGCUCGCUGGUCAUCUGAACCAACAUUUGAUUCCAGCGAUGCAAGUGGUGUUUUCUCCCAGUUUCCUGCAAAGCUUCCCGAGAAGUCUUCAGAGCGUCAUCUGGCCGAGGGUGAAAGCGAUACUUCCUCGGACCUCAAAGGCCGCGGCGCCGCAGCAGAAGAGCGCCCGCGAGGGGAUGCGGCCGCCGAGUCGUCCCCAGCCGACUCCUCUCUGGACUGGCUUCUCCGCGUGUCUCCGCCUCCUCGGCAGAAGACUCCGUCGGCACCACCGCAGGCCACCGUGAGGGCGACGCCCACCAGGACCAAGAAGCCAAUAUUAGACAUGGAAUGUGAUAACCUUGCUGACCAGUUUGCAGAUGCUGUAGCCACAGCCAGUCCGACAACAGGCAGACUCGCAGGUUUGGAACUCGAGGGAAUUCUCAGCGUCCUUCACGGAGAUCCCUUCAACACCAGGAAGCAGCUCCCUCGCACACCGGAGAGUUUGAUUCUAGAUGUGAAGAGCUCAUGGAAAAAGGCACUGGAGGAAGACAACACAGAGAAAUGUGACGACAGCGUGACCGGGUGCCUCACUCCCGUCGGUGACGCGCGCCGGCCCGGAAGCUCGCACGACGCCUUCUCGACGCCCGGCACCCCAAAAAGCGAGCGGCGGUCGUUCUGGGGCACCGUCUGCUCCGUGACCCCCUUCAGCCUCGCACAUGAAACUCUGCCUGAACUGCCGAGCUGCGACACUCUACUGAGCUUCGACGAGGAAGACGAACCGAUCGCCGUCCCCCGCCUGGAAGCGGGCGAGUCUGCGUUGAACGUCAGCCACGUCCGGCAGCCGCGCGACGGCGGCUCACCUGAUUGUUUUCUAUUGGCUCGCAAUAUUUCGGCUUUGGGCAGAGAGCGACCGUCGCCGCCUGCCGUUUUUUCACUGGAUCUCGAUGCACUGGGUACGUUGACCCCACCACUAAAGACGCAGCAGGACUGCCUCCCGACACUCAUAUCGUUCUCCCCGAUGGACGAUAAGGCCCAUUAGCGCCGUUGUUAUUCUUUACGUGUACAUAUGUCUCUGUAUUGCAUUCACUCAAAAUGGAAGAAAUUAUCUGUGCAGUGACAGGACCACUCCCCCUUUUGAACAUGCAUAAACACAAAUGUUUUUCUUCCGGCAUGUAAAUUAUAACUGCACAGUAUUGUCUUUUUCUGACUUCUGGCCUAUUUCCUUAAAUGGCUGCCAGCUCAAAUGCUAACUGCUGCAAUUGCAAUUAAAUCUCAUUUUAAAUGCAAUUAUACAUUCUCGAAAUGUUGGUUUGUUGAUUUGCAUGCUUUUUGACUACAAGUUGGGAAGUAAAGCUAUGCUAUAAAUGUUUGUAUUUAAAACAUGAAUUCAGUUAUAUGUUUAUAAUUUUAGUUAAUAAACAGUUCAAAGUUCA